AUGGUUUAUUACUUUACAUCGAAUGUUGUGACUCCUAGUGCUUUCCUCUACGUAGGCAAGGACAAAGUUGAAAAUGAGGAUCUCAUCAAGUACGGCCUCGAGGAAGAUGUUUGGUUUCACGCCGACAAACUCUCAAGUGCUCACAUAUAUCUUCGCAUGAAAGAAGGCGAAACUUGGGAAACGAUACCUGAAGAGGUGCUUACAGAUUGCGCCCAACUCACCAAGGCGAAUUCCAUCGAGGGGAACAAGAAGGAUAAUGUUACAGUUAUUUAUACGCCGUGGUCGAAUCUCAGGAAGGAUGGCAGUAUGGCGGUUGGUCAAGUUAGCUUCAAGGAUCCGAGGAAGGUGAAAAGGAUCCUAGUUGCGCAGAGAGAGAAUCCUAUAGUUAAUCGCCUCAACAAGACGAAGGAGGAGAAAUACCCUGAUUUGCAAAUGGAGAAGGAAGAAAUACUUAAGGCGUUGAGGAAGAAGGACCAGGCAUCGAGAUUAGACCGGAAAAAAGAAGAGGCGAGAAUUGCGCAGGAGAGGAAGGAGAAGAAGUGGCAGAAGGAGCAUGCGUAUGAUGAUCUCUUUACUGGGGACGAUGACGAGGCAAAUAACCAGGAUCGAGGGGAAGAUUACUUGGAUGAUUUCAUGUAG